AUGGAGGAGGCGGAUCAACUUUUCCGCGGCUCUGGAAACGAUCUCUCGAUAGAAGAGCCGAUGGAUCCUCACAAUGUCACCACUCCGACCGCGACAUCGAGUCUUCCGACGUCAUCUACCACGCAUCUACCCCCGGACUCGGAGCUCGUCGCAUCUCUACCAGUUUACUUGAGCAAAUCACUGCUCGGCGACUCGUCACUCCACGUCUUCCAAUAUCCUAUCUAUCCACGAGACAGGCCACUACCUGUUCCUUACUCAGCAGCUGCACGAGGCCUCAAAGUGUCGAGCCGAUGGCGACCACGCGCUAAUCGUGUGGAGGUUGAACUGCCGCUGGAUGUUCGAGAGGAAGUCUACAAUGCGGAUCGAGGUAUCGAGUUUGGAGCGGGAGCCGAAGUGUUGGCUCAAAAACAGGCACGAGCAGAUGCUGCGCAUGGAGGCUCCACAACAAGCCAAGCUGCCGUAUCCAGCAGCAAAAGUCGUAUCAAACAAGAGCAGGAUCAUGAAGCACAGGCGAAUCGAGGACCCAAGAAGCUCGAGAAAAUCAAGCUGGAGAGCACUCAAGUUCCGAAUGCCACUGAAUACAUGGUGGGCGUCAUUCGAGAUCAGGCACUCCAUCUCACCCGUCUCGAAUCCAUCGUCCAACUGCGACCUUCGAUGAACUACCUCGAUGCGCUCGACGAGGCGCGCGAGGCAGAAAAGCGUCGAGAUCGCGCUGCCAUGGCGGGCGAAUUUGACUCGGAUGAAGAGGACGAAGACGAACUGAUCGAGAUGGAAGCACCAGGCGAAGGGUCAUCUCGCUCGAAAUCGGCCAAAAAGGAUGCCAAGAAACCUACGGCGCAAACGCUUAGCGUUGCUCUUCGAACCGACCCGAACGCUAAAAAGGGUGGAGGAAUGGGGAUCGGCGGUGGAGGCUCGAGUGAAGCACGCGACAUGCUCAUGGCAGCACAGCGAGAAGCAGAUGCCGAACGCUGGAUCGAUCUAGAAUGGAGGGACGAAGGCUCUCAUGAGGCGCAACAGGUAUUUGAUACACAGCUGUUUGCUAGUAGCAAAACUGCUUUGACUUGUCAUACCAAGCCCCGAGAUUAUCUCUUACAUGCCCUUCCCUGA